AUGGGGGGCGGUGUCCUUGUGCGGAGGUCCCAUUCCCAGGGAAGGGAGCUCGCUAUCCUGGGCUAUGGUUUCCCUUUCACGCUGGGGAAAAGAGCUCGUGCUAGCUGCACGAAAGCAUCGGGGAAGCCCCUCGGUCGACUCCCUUUGACCCGAGGGAAGAAGCCAGAUUUCCCUUUGACGUUGCGGGACCACGAGAGGCCAGGUACUAGUAUACGCGCCAUCUAUUUGCUACACAAAUGUCGUACAGUCAUACAAAAUUCAGUCGCUGCAUCACGCGAUCUGUUUGUACGUGCUCCUUGGUCACGGAAACACAACACGGGGCUCGGAAAUGAUACAAAUCUCCUCAAGUGGCGUGGGGACGACACUUCUAGGUCCGCGUGGGUGCGGCCCUUGCCCACCCGCGUGGGCACGCCACGUGGCAGCCCGGGUCACGUGGAAGCCAUAGCUUAUAUGUGCUUAUACGCCUAUCAGACACAACUUGAAGGGAGGAAAUGCAGUCAGAGCCUCUCACAGGGCGAGAAAAAAACUUAUAACCCGGCGAGAAACCCAGUAUUUCAUCUCCUACGCCAGGACCCCAUGCUAUGUGGUCACGGGUUGAUAAGACCAACAAAACGCCCGGCACUUGUCUUAUCAGAGCCAAGAAGUCAUUUUAUAUCAAGCGCCAGUAUAUUGCGCAAAGAUCCGCCAUGGAGAGCAGGUGGGAGGAUGAAUAUUACCGCAUCGGAUGCAAGGCAAAGGAGAAUUAAGGGAAACCAAGAGAAAAAGGAUAACUGUUGUUGGAUGCCUGGCCUGCUAGCAUGCUGUAGUAUCAUGAGACGUCCAAGAGUUUUCCCCAUUCUCCUGGUGGUGUGUUUGACCUCUCUCUUCGCCUACUACUACAACUCCGUCACAUCCACGCCCAUCGGCUUCAGCAUAGAGUCUUUAGACGCGAGGGAACUUCAAAAGCUUUCGACCAACCUUCAGCAUGAAGACCUCGACCCCAGGGCGUCCGAGGCAGACACACGCAGGACCACCACCCAGGCGCCCUUGACGGAAACUCCAGCCAAGUCCCCCUCCUUCACCCAGCCUCCACGGUCCUUCGGCAGGCGGGUGACCACGGAGGGCGCGCCGCUGAAGAGAGAAGACGGCCUCAUGCCCUUCGAGGACGAGAGGGAUUCCAAGUUCGACAUCGCCAAGAACCUUUUUACUUCGGAGAACGUCUCGAGCGAUGUGGACGGCCCUCCGCUGAAGAAGAUUUUGUUUUGGAACGAUGCUUAUUCGAACAAGGACUUCGGCUUCGGCUUCGGACGCGAGCCGUUCAUCCGAGCCGGCUGCCGCGUCAACACUUGCCUCACGACGGGAAAGCGCGACCGGUUCCCGCUGAAGGAGCUGGACGCUGUUAUCUGGCACUUCAGGGCGAAUGACAAGUCCCUUCCUGCCGAGCGGUCGCCCCACACUCGCUACGUCUUCUGGAUGAUGGAGUCGGCGUCUCAUCUCUUCGGUGACAUAAGACGAUUCAAUAACCUCUUUAAUUGGACCAUGACCUACCGCCUGGACUCAGAUUUUGCCAAUCCGUACAACCGCGUGUACAGGCGGAAACAGCCCUUGCAAAUCGCACGUAACUACACUGAAGGGAAGAGCAAGCUAGCGGCGUGGUUCGUCACCAAUUGCUACACCAUCGGAGGCAGGGAGAGCCUCGUGAAGACCCUGACGCAGUGGAUCAAAAUAGAUGUGUACGGGGGGUGCGGGCCAUUAAAGUGCGAGAGGGCCAAGCAGUCCGAGUGUCACAGGAUACUCAAUCAAACCUACAAGUUCUACCUGUCCUUCGAGAACUCCCUCUGUCAGGACUACGUCACGGAGAAGUUCUUCAACAUCUUGCGGCUGGACGUCGUGCCCGUCGUCUACGGUCUGGGGAACUACUCCGCGCAGGCGCCUCCUCACUCCUACAUCGACGCCCUCUCCUUCCCAUCGGCGAAGGACCUCGCCGACUACCUCCUCUACCUCGACAGGAACCACACCGCCUACAACGAGUACUUCAAGUGGAAAGAGAACUACUUCGUUGCGAGAGGCGACUGGGCGCGAGUCGCCCGGGCGUACUGUGCCCUGUGCGAGCGCCUGCACACGGACACGACCCCCAAGACGUACGACCUGUACGACUGGUUCGUGAGCAAGUCCCACUGCCUGUCUCGGUCGUUUCCCCGAAUCCGGGCCUUCAUCGGCGGGUAGCAGCAGAGCCCCCAAGAGGAGACGCUUGCAAGGGCUACUCAAUUGCAUGUCGUUUUCAUUUACAUCGCAACUUUCUCCACCUCGACGCAUAAGGAACAGGCUCGUUCCAUCUCCGUGUUAAAAAUCAUCAAUGAACUAUCAUUAUUUUUUUUUUAAUUUAUUUUUUUAAUUAUUAUUAUUAUGUUUUUUACUUUGUGACGAUGUGUGUGUGUGUGUGCGUGUGUCAUUGAUGAUGAUCAUAAUGCUGUGUGUUCUUGGGUUGAAUAAAACUUUAUAUUUUU